AUGGCGUCAUCAAGAAAUGUGAAGCAACCUCCCGGCGCAGGAAUGUAUGAUCCUCCCAGCAAACUCCAGUCAAAUACACUGAAGCAGACCUUCUGCGGUUACUUCAGCUACUUGGAAGGAGAGUUACAAGCCCGAGAUGUUGUCAUUGCUACAAUGAAGGCUGAAAAGGCAAAGCAGCUACUGUACCAAGCAAAGUAUGGAAGGUUUGGAUUGGGAGAUCCGUUUUCUGCAUUACAAAGAGAUUCGGAUAACUUGAAGGAUAACUCAUUUGACGAAUCUGCCAUUAAGUCUAUGUACGAUAAUCAGCUGGCACAGCUAGAGAACCUGAUAGCGACACAGAGGAAAGCUCAGCUGAAGAUGAGGGAGCAACUGUCAGCGGCCGAGAAACGAUAUCACAAGGUGUGUAAUGAGUUGGAGGAUGAGAAAAGAAAACAUGCUCAGGACACGGCACAGGGAGACGAUGUGACCUACAUGUUGGAGAAGGAAAGAGAAAGACUCAGACAGGAGUCCUAA